UCUUCGUAAAAUUUCUACCCAGAGCAAUCUGGAACACAUUGUACGAUUUUCGUUGAAAUAAAGUGAUCGAAUUGAGCUUCCAGAGUGAGCAAUCGAUUGAUCUGGAAGCAAGCUAUGGAAUCAUCGUCUUCUCCCCUCGGUUCGCUCUCGGAGGAUGGACAAGAGAAUCAGAAAUCGGUCUUCGCCUCAAAACCCGAUCGUCCUCCGACCAUGAACUCUUCACAGAAGUACAUGCCCUUAGAUUGGCUUGAUUAUUUCGACGAAGAGGAUGAUAUUUCCAUUCCAGACUCAAACGACGUCUUCCAUGUAUAUAUGGCGGGAAAAGAAGGACCAGUUGUAUUUUGUCUACAUGGAGGAGGCUAUUCUGGGCUUUCUUUUGCUCUAUCAGCUGGUAAAAUAAAGGAAAAAGCUAGAGUAGUUGCAAUGGACUUCAGAGGCCAUGGAAAAUCAUCUUCUGAGAAUGAUCUUGACUUAUCAAUUGAGACUAUGUGCAAUGAUGUUUUGGCAGUUAUAAAGACCAUGUAUGGAGAUUCACCUCCUGCAAUUGUGCUUGUUGGUCACAGUAUGGGAGGUUCAGUUGCUGUACAUGUUGCUGCAAAGAAAGCAUUACCUAGCCUAGCCGGUCUAGUAGUUGUGGACGUUGUGGAGGGAACUGCCAUGGCUUCAUUGAUUCAUAUGCAAAAAAUCUUAUCCAACAGGAUGCAACAUUUUCCUAGCAUCGAGAAAGCGAUUGAAUGGAGUGUAAAAGGAGGUUCUUUGAGGAAUGUUGAAUCUGCCCGUGUAUCAAUUCCCUCUACACUUACGUACGAUGAUUCAAAGAAAUGCUAUACUUACCGUGCAAAACUGAAACAAACGGAACAAUAUUGGAGAAGCUGGUAUGAGGGCCUUUCAGAAAAAUUUCUUUCAUGUCCAGUUCCAAAGCUUCUGCUUCUAGCAGGGACUGACAGAUUGGACAGAACACUCACAAUUGGUCAAAUGCAAGGGAAGUUUCAGAUGGUGGUCGUCAGACAUACUGGGCAUGCUAUCCAGGAAGAUAACCCCGAUGAGUUUUCGAAUCUGAUACUAAAUUUUGUUUCUCGCAACCGGAUAGGUCCACAUGGGGUUGAGAUACCGGGGCUUCGCAAACCACAGCAGUAGCAACCUCUAGAUGGACACUUCAGCAUAGAAAAAGAUCAUUUGCAGUUUCUCCUCCGGCAUAGAAACUGAGCCAGAUGAUGAAUAAACGUAUUCCAAACAUGGUGGUCACUUCAGUAUUCCAAAAUCUGCAAAGACAUUUCUUAAAGCAUCAUCCAUCCAACUCGUAAGAACUGAUAUGGAUUGAAGCGAUCAGAAUUGCUUUUCUCAACUCGUGUGAACAAUGAUGGUAUUGAUAGUUCUUUACGAGGUCAGAUGAUUUGGUUAUGCCCAAAGGACUGUAAAUGAGAUCAUAUCAAAGUAAAAUAACAGCUAUUAGUUACUGUCGAAAAUGCAACCGAGGCAUUUUUUCAUGAAUUCUUCUCCAGGUUAACUUAUCUUACCACUUCGUAUGAA